AUGUCGGGAAGAGGGAAGGGCGGCAAAGGCUUGGGCAAGGGUGGCGCUAAGCGCCACCGCAAAGUUUUGAGAGAUAACAUCCAAGGCAUCACCAAGCCCGCCAUUCGGCGCCUUGCUCGGCGCGGGGGAGUCAAGCGCAUCUCCGGCCUCAUUUACGAAGAGACCCGAGGUGUGUUGAAGGUGUUCCUGGAGAAUGUCAUUCGGGACGCGGUCACCUACACGGAGCACGCCAAGCGCAAGACGGUUACUGCCAUGGAUGUGGUGUACGCGCUCAAGCGGCAGGGACGCACCCUGUAUGGCUUCGGAGGCUAAGCUGCAGCUUCUGUGCUACGUGACAAUCUCAAAGGCCCUUUUUAGGGCCAACCACACAGUCAUCAGAAGAGCUAAACACUUGCCUGAAGUAUAGGUUCAGGCGAUCUUCUACCUGCAAUAACAUCAAAACUUUCCCUCCAGUCCAUUGCUGUGGCUGCUUGCCUUGUUCUCCUCUGCUCAGCACCUCUCAUCUGCUACAGCCCUGAGGCCUGGGACUUGGCCACCUUCCUUGGCUGCUGCUCACUUCUGACUCCUUUUGCACCUCCACUACGGAUUAACCCUCUGUGUACACAGCCCUGAUUAUGUUACCCACCUGCUUAAGGCAUUGCCCCGUUUGGGCGUUCCCCACUUUUCUUACUCUCUUGUCUACAUUUCCCUAUCUUUUCCCCAU